GACUCAGCUGUGUUAAUCACCCUCUUCCUCAUUAUGAUACACCGGACAUGUGUCUGCAUCAGGAACUGAACGGCGGAGCUGAUCAAGCCUGGUCGCGUGCGGAUGAAGCUAACCGUCUAACGGGUUUUAGGAAAGUGCGCAGCUGGGUUUGAUGUGUAGGAGCGGUCACAGCCAGAGGGAGUCAAGUCUGAUGGUCAGAGAGUCAACCAGGAGGAAGUUUGAAGAUGGACCCCGACAGUCCCGCCGCCAGGGUGGAGAGGACCUUCUGGACAGUUUGGUACUAUAUAACCGGAGCAGUGAACAGAUUCUUCAGACCAGAGCCCACUGACAUCACUGACCCGAACUCCAUCCAGGAACCUGCAGUCGACAGUGAGCCCGUUAACUCUGGUCAUGCAGAGGGUGACAAUAGCAGAAGUGUGGUAGAUGAGGAACAGCCUCUUGCGACAGCCCAACUGCUUAGCUCAUCUAACCCACUGGUUGCUUGGGAACUUUGCACAACAGACAUUGAUUUAGGGCCUGCAGAAGAAAGCGCACAUGACGAAAUCCAGCCGGGGAGAGGCAGCGAGAGCGAAGCAUCUGAGGAAGGCAAAGGCACGAGAGAAGAGCAGGUCGCCCAAGCAGGACAUGAUGAUGAAGCACUGCUGGACACAAAAGAAGACAAACAAGAAGAAAAUAGGGAGCGGAAAUUGAGUACUGGAGGACCAGAUGGGACACAAGAGACGAGGGAGUAUGAAGAACACGCAAACAUGGAGUCACUAAGACUCACAGAGGAUGCAAUGAGUGAGGAUGUGGAGGAAAGUGGAAGAAAAGCUGAUGUUGAGGAGGAAACGAAGGGAGCAUUGACACCAGAGGAUCCCCAAAAAAUGGGUGAAAUCGUGACAAAUGUCCAAGUAAAGGGUGAAGAUGAUGAAAUGCAGCAUGAAGAUGAAGAUUUUGAGGCAGAAGACACUGAGGGAAAACUGUGCCUGAUCACAGAUUUGAGCCUAGAAGAAGAGGUUGACAAGCUCAUAGAAGAGGCAGAGAUUGAAGUAGACAGUGAUGGUGUGCAACAGCUAGCCUCUAAAAAUGAGCCUGAUGAGGAGCCAAAACGAGUUGAAAAUCAGCCAUCAGUUUGUGAAGAGUUGUCCGAUGACAGCAGAGAUGUCAAAGAAGACCCAGACUUUACAUCACUGCAUGUUGAGUUACAAAUGACCGACGACAAAAGUGGCAUUGUCUCUGAGGAUGAGCUUAUUGUUGCGCAAGAGCAUGUGAUGGCUCAUAGGAGUGAAAGUGAUGAAGUUGAGGAUGUGAAAGGGGAGGGGCGCGAGAGCACAUUGGAUGAGGGCGCUGUCAUAGGGGAAGAAACCGUGAAAGAAGCCCUUGACAUCCAGACAAUAGAUGAAGCUCUUGAAGAGGAAGAAGUCAUCAAAACAGUCACAGAAGACACUUCAGGGCCUUUAAUCGAGGAAGAGGAAGGAGGAUUAGUGUUGGACUCAAUGAAGACGGCUAUCCGAGACUCCGAAAAGGAAUUCGAGUCCGACUUUAACUUAAAAGACGAGACUGAUGAGUUGGCAAACAAGCCACAAGAUGGGGCUGAAGAGCUUUUGGUUGAAUUUGAAACAGACGAAGGUUUAUGUGAUGCCAGACUAGUUGAUGCUGCUGGAGAGGAAGUGGUCGGAUUUGCUGAUAAAACUUUUCUUGAAGCUGAAGUACAGAAGAUGACAGAGACAAGCUUGUUUCCGGAACCCAUAGAUGUCAUGAACUCGGAGCAAAACAGCGACAUGACUUUUAGUUUAUUAGAAGAAUUUGUUGAAGCUGGACUCCUGAAACAGUCAGAUGAGGCUGAGCCUAAAUUACUUGAGGUAGAUAUGCAAGAUGCAGGGAUAGAUAUGGAAGAAACUGAGAAUGAAGCCCCGAACAACCAGACAAUAGAUGAAGUGUCUGAGGAGGAAAAUGACAUCCAAACAGUCACAGAAGACAGUCAAGAAGAAGACGUUUUAACUGAGCAUAUGACGUGCAGCAAAGAAAUGGUGCAGAAUGCUAAAACAGAGCUGCACACAGCUGCUGGAGAACAAGAGGGUGUGGCUGAGGACACCGAAGAGCAAACCAAAACAAGAGAGGCAGACAAUGACGGGACAGAAAGCCAUAUCACAGUCCUCCAUGAAGAAUCUGAUGUGACACACAUUUCAGUAGAUGAAAGAUUUUCUCAUGAAGGUCAGGUGGAAGAGGAGAGGCUCUCCAGUGAAGCAGACAACAAAGAAAGUUGCAUGGAAACAGCAUGCACCUCAGUUACAAUAAAACCUGAAGGUGAGACUGGACAGGAAAUGAGCGGAGAGUUUAAAAAUAUUCCCCCAGGGGUAUGUGAAGGCCGGGUUGUUGUGCUGCAGGAGCUAAACUUUCCAACAUGUGAGGAAACACAAGAGGGAGUUCCUGAAUACAACAAUGAGUCAGAUGAAAAUACAACACAAUGGUUCCUGGAAGACGGAGAUUACGAGGAAAUCCAGGGCUCGUUACCAGAAGAGGUGGAGAACAAGGAGCCGGAGAGCCUUCAAAACUGUGGCUCCAGCACCGAAGCUGACUAUUUACUGGUGAGGGAGCAUAUGGAAGAGGAACAAGAAAGCACACAAGAUAUAAAGAACGGCUUUGAUGCUGGAUUGACACAAGAAACAAAGAAAGUACUUGUUGAAGCAGUAAUUCAAGGUUCAGGACCUUUAAUCGAAGAAGAGGAAGGAGGAUUAUUGUUGGACUCAAUGAAGACAUCGAUCGAAGACUCGGAGAAAGAAUUUGAGUCCAAUUUUGGCCUAAACGACGAGACCGUUGAGGUGGCAAACGAGCCACAAGAUGGGACUGAAGAGCUUUUGGUUAGAUUUGAAACAGACGAAGGUUUAUGUGAUGCCAGACUAGUUGAUGCUGCUGGAGAGGAAGUGGUCGGAUUUGCUGAUAAAACUUUUCUUGAGGCUGAAGUACAGAAGAUGACAGAGACAAGCUUGUUUCCGGAACCCAUAGAUGUCAUGAACUGGGAGCAAAUCAGCAACAUGACUUUUAGUUCAUUAGAAGAAUUUGUUGAAGCUGGACUCCUGAAACAGUCUGAUGAGGCUGAGCCUAAAUUACUUGAUGUAGAAAUACAAGAUGCAGGGAUAGAUAUGGAAGAAACAGGAUAUGGAGUUGAGGAGGAGACAGCAGAAGAAGAGAUUUUACAUCUUCGGGUAGUGGGAAUGGCAGAAUCUGAGUUAUCUGGAGUGGUUGAGUCUCUGGAGACAGAAAAUCAACUAUCACAUGAAGCACUUGAAAUAAGCAAAGAUGAGCUGGCAUCUGAAGCAGAAGGUGAAUCAAAGACGGAUGAGUCCAAACCAAAGGAUUUGACUUUGCCAGCUGAAGAAAUGGUUAAGCAUGCAGCAGAAUCAGAAUGGAGUUAUGAAGAAACAAUUUGCUCAAUCGGUGGGCGUCAGGAUGUGAUCGAUGAAGAACUUCUCGACUUCUGGAUAGAGACUUCUUUGUCAGAGGAUACUGACGCCAUUAAACAUCAAGAAGGGUCAGAGCCUGGACAGCAAACUGAGCCAUCAAGUGAGGAACAAGAUGAAGUAUCAGCAGUGCACACAGAGAAGGAUAAAGACCAGCUUGUGGAGUCAACUUCCAGAGAAAUCCUGAGUGACACAGAGAUGUCUUCAUCAACAGUAGAGUCUGGAUUUUUGGACCAGUCUCUCAGUGAAUGGGGCACACAAAACAGUGAAACUCAGCUAUUGAAAUCAACAAGCAGUGGGUCAUUUCAAGGGAUAAAUAACACAUUGGCUAAUAUGUCAAUAUCUGCAGACCUCUCUGAAAUGUCCACACAACAAUCUCACUCUGAAUCUCAGGAUGUGUUUAUGGAGGAAGCAGCUGAGGCAGAGCAGUCAGAUCUGAAAGAGGAAGAAUCAAUCACCGAGACAAGAUUUCACCCUGAUUCAGAAGUCACGUCACCAGAGUCAAGACUUCUGAAUCAGGAUUUGGAUUUAUUGCAAGAGAAAACAGGCGAAGAAAGAGCUGAAUCAGCAGAGACUGAAAGUGGAUCAAAGAGACGGAUCGAUGAUCAGGUAACUGACUGGAAAGACGCUGAAGAAGCAGAAGCGAAGGCACUGACCGAAAAGAGCGCUCCGUUCAAUGUCGGGGAAACAAAAGCUGAAGAAGAACCUUUUGAGAUAACCGUAUCUGACUCUCCAGAUGAAAUCAAACGAGUUGAUUCAGGACGAUCUAGAAGCAGCUCAGAGGCUUCAAUAGAGGAGGAAGUGUUAAAAGAGUCCAGUUCACAAGACGACACCAAAACUAAAUCCGAGAGGAGGCUUUCCUCACCGGAUGAACCGCGGCCCGGAUCAUCAGACGAUAUUGAUGAAUCAUUAACUGGCCUAAACAGGACAGAGGUGACGAAGUCUGAAGAUGAGAUGCAGGUGGACUCCUUUGUGCUUGACUUUACUGUACAAAGGUCAAGAAUUGCUGUUAAAAACCCUCGUGUAAGGCCACCCAAAGAUCCCCGCUCCCUUCUCCAUAUGCCCUCAUUGGAUCCCACGCCCUCUCCACAUCUGGCAGCCAAAGUCCCUGCAGGUGUGCCUUUAGGAGGUUUGGGCAUUGGAAUAAGACUACCUGGACUUGGUGCAGGAUUUCCUGUUUUAAAAAAGACAAAACCACAGGUGGCAGAUGAAAAUAGUCCAGACACCCUCUCAAAGGAGACAGUGCCAGAGGAGAAGAGUGAUGCUCCCAAACAAGACGAGGCCCAGCACAAACCCAAAUGGAUGCCACCUAGACAUCCUGGAUUUGGAAAUCCACUCAUGUCCGAGCUGAAGAACAAGCUGAAGAAACCCACAAAGGACUGAGAAGAAGAUAAGGAGUACUGAUUUGUGUGGAUUUUUUGAUAUAAUAUAAAAAUGUCUUUAUUUUUGGUGUAUUUAUGAAACUGAAUACAGUGAUGAAAUGUUCGUCAUGUCAAUUAAUUGUCCUAUGUUUUGUAAUAAAGCUUAACUGAAAAAGGGAAA